AGUCUGCUCUACUCUCCCCUUUGCAUUGCCUUCACAUAUCACUUCAAGGAAUAGUGACUAGGCUUAAAAAUUCCACGGAUAAUCCAAAUAAAUCUGUUCAAUUUGGCAUCUAUCAACAGGUUAUUUGAAUUUCAAAUAGAGGAGCAGACAUGCCACCCCCAGCAGGUGCCCCACUGCAUCCACCUCCUGAUGGAGGAUGGGGCUGGGUAGUGGUUGGAGCAUCUUUUAUCUCCAUUGGAUUUUCAUAUGCGUUCCCCAAAGCAGUCACGGUGUUCUUCAAAGAAAUUCAGCAAAUAUUCAACGCUACCUACAGUGAGAUAGCCUGGAUAUCAUCCAUUAUGCUGGCUGUUAUGUAUGCAGGAGGUCCCAUAAGUAGUGUUCUGGUGAAUAAAUAUGGUAGCCGACCAGUAGUGAUGAUAGGAGGUUUAUUAUGCUGCUUGGGAAUGGUCACAGCCUCUUUUAGUACCAGCGUAAUAGAGCUCUACCUCACUGUGGGAUUCAUUACCGGUUUAGGUUUAGCGUUCAACCUGCAACCUGCCCUAACAAUCAUUGGCAAAUACUUCUACAAGAAACGACCCAUGGCUAAUGGCCUCGCCAUGGCAGGAAGUCCUGUUUUCUUAAGCACAUUGGCUCCUUUCAAUCAGUACCUUUUUAAUACUUUUGGUUGGAAAGGAAGUUUUUUGAUUUUAGGAGGCUUAUUGUUGAAUGCUUGUGUGGCUGGAUCGCUCAUGAGACCCGUUGAACCCAAACAAGCUACGAAGAAGUCUAAAAAUAAGAUUGGAAUAAGAGAGAAUGACCCAGAUGUGAAGAAAAGCCAUAGGAAGAAAUCAAGAUGGGAAAGAGUUAAUAAGUAUUUAGAUUUCUCCCUUUUUAAGCAUAGGGGAUUUCUGAUAUACUUAUCUGGAAACGUCAUUAUGUUUCUAGGGUUUUUUGCCCCCAUUAUAUUCUUGGCUCCAUAUGCCAAAGACAAGGGAAUUGAUGAGUAUUCUGCAGCUUUCUUGCUGUCUGUUAUGGCUUUUGUUGAUAUGUUUGCUAGACCUUGUGGAGGAAUCAUUGCAAACUCCAAAUUUAUCCGACCCCGAAUCCAGUACUUCUUCAGUUUUGCAGUCAUGUUCAACGGAGUGUGUCAUCUCCUGUGCCCGUUGGCAGAGGACUACACAAGCCUGGUGUUGUAUGCUGUGUUUUUUGGUCUCGGAUUUGGGAGUGUUAGCAGUGUCCUCUUUGAAACGCUCAUGGACCUGGUUGGCCCUCAGAGGUUUUCCAGCGCUGUGGGACUUGUCACAGUGGUGGAGUGUUGCCCUGUUCUUCUUGGCCCUCCUCUUGCUGGUAAAUUGGUGGAUCAAACUGGACAAUAUAAAUACAUGUAUAUCGCCUGUGGAGCUAUUGUGUUCCUAUCAAGUGUGUGGCUACUUAUCGGCAAUGCUAUAAACUACAGAUUGCUUGCAAAGGAAAAGAAGCUGGGAGAAGCAAGGAAGAAGAAAAUGAGUUCGCCUGAGUCCAAAGAAUCUGAACCUUUGAACAAAUCUAAACAUCAUGAUGUCAGCAUCAAAAGUACAAGAACAGAGAAUAAUCCCUCAGAAAGAGAAACUAAUAUUUAA